UAAAAGUUCCCUUGGUGUCUGCAUCUGCAAGGUGUGGGGGUGCCUCACAACCUGAAGGAGCUGAAAAGAACAUGUCUUGGAUCAUGCGGUCUGAGAGGACGGAGUCCCACAUAUUAAUAUCACCGAUCUCCCCAACAAAACUCUGCUUGGCAUCAAAUGAACCCAAGUAAUUAUCAGGAUCUUGUCCGAUGAUAACCUUGCCUCCGGGUUGGACUGUGUGACCCUUCUUGUAAAUUUUGGUCAAGCUUUUCCUCCCAUCCAUGAAGAGAGCGGCCGCACCUGAGCUGGAAUCCCAGGUGACACACAGGUGGGUCUGCAGGGCACCGAUGUCAGGGACUCGGAAUAAAACCCCUUCUCCCACCAGGUGUUGAUUCACAGAUGGAUGACCAUCUUUUAGAAGAGAAGACAAACACCAACAGCGCAACGUUGUGCUCAUCUGCUGAGCGCCCCCUGUUCCGCAAUGCUUGUAACUACGUGUAAUUACCUAACCUCUGGAACCUGACGGGCGUCAGGACCCAGAGGAAAUCUGCACCGCAGCCAUGUGCUAAACAUGGCGGACCCAAACAAGACAGAUGAAUUGCAGUUCUACAGUGAAAUAUUAAGUCCAUCUGAACUGUUUGCAGCCCGGUCCAGGAGUCACAAGAUCCCAGUCAGAGGACAGAAGGACUUCUUCCCCAAUGACUCAGACGAGCAAAGACAGCGGCUUGAGCAGAGUCUGAAUGAGCAAUGGAGCCUCAUAUCCGAGGAGAGAGUGGAGAAGCUAGGAAACCUAGUAAAGGCCACAUGGAUUUUAAGUGAGCAGAUUGUGGAGCUCCAGUCUCCAGCUGGGAAGUUUUGGCAGACGAUGGGCUUUUCUGCCAAAGGCAAGCAGUUCCUCCUCCCCGAAGAGGCUCUCUACCUGAUGGAGUGUGGAAAUGUGCAGGUGUUUUACCAGGACCUGCCUCUGUCCAUCCAGGACGGGUACGAGAUGUUUCUGUCCUCGAGCACAGUGAGCCUCCAGCAAUAUCAGGUGUUCGGGCAUUUGAAGAGGCUUGGCUAUGUGGUGCACAGGUUCCACCCCAGUUCGGAGCCAUCGUCCUACGCGAGGCAACUGAACCUGCCUCAGUGUCGCGACAGAGCGGGAAGACAACUGAAGAGGAAGCGCAGCGCCAGCCCAACAUCCAGUAACACUGAAGCACAAGAAGAAUCCACAGCUGACCGACUGGAGGAGGGUAAACACGGCUACGAAGGUGAGGAGGAUGAAAAACUUCCUGAGUCACAGCUGACGCUGUCUCCGGAGACUUCAAGCACCCAGGCUGCCACUGCGAGUUCAGCACACAAAGGCGGGGGCAGGACCUGGUGGAUGACGGACGUUCUCAAGGACCGACCAGAUCAGCGGCCUGCCUCUAGGACCUCACGCUGGGACUUCAGCUCCAUCCCUUUCCCAGACCUGGGAUCCAGGAAGUGCCUCUCCAGCUGCCUGGCCUCCCCAGACCCCUCUCUGCUCCCUGGGUCUUUGGCUGUGGGAGUCUGUGACAUUGCCCUCUGGACCCAAAAAAUAAACCUGAGGGAGGUGAAGAUGUCCUCAAAGGAGCAGAAGAGGGAAGAGGACAAGCGGAGGCGGCGGUGGGACGUCAACAAAGACAGAGAGGUUCAGCAGUGCAGAAACUGGGCGGAGUAUAGGAAGCUCCUGGCAAGACGGCAGGGGAAGCGUAAAGGCCGACCAGAACACCUGUGGGACAGGGAAGUCACUCCUUUACAUGACCCAAGACAACCAAUCCCCACUGGGGAGCUGCUGGAUAAAAUCAGUGUGAUCGAAUCCACACAUUUGCUGGAGGGGGCGUCCAGGUUAAAAGGCUCCGAUGACUGGAGGAUUAGUUUCAAUGUUUACCAGCCUGAUUCAGUGGCGGACUUCAAGAAGAGCAACCCGGGGAAACCUUACUCCCGGAUGUGUGUGUGCAGUUUCGAUGGCCCUGUGCCGGACCUGCGAGCCAUCAAGCUGCUGAGCUUCCAGAGUGGAGACAUCCCAGUGGUCUUUGCUGUAGUGGACCACGGGGACAUCUCCUUCUACACCUUCAAAGACUUCCAGCUGCCCACUGAUGUGUUCCCCUGAGACCUGUAAAACAUGUACCAACCCUGAACGCAUCCGGGACUUUUAUAAUAAUCUGCAUCUGUCUGCUUGGCUGGACAUACAAAACAUAUAACUAAUCAUUGAUGUUACAGAUGAAAAGAAAAGAAAAAAAUACUGAAAAUGA